AUGAGUUCAGAUUCAACAGGAAUCAUAACGAAUACCAGUCGUCAGAGCACAAAGCUAACUGCAUAUCAAUACCAAGUAUUGCGCAUGUCUUGGAAAGCACUACGACCUAGCAUUAAAACGCUGAUGCGAAGAAUUCUCACUGACCUCGAAAAUGAAGUUCCAGGAGUAAAACAAAUUUUUCACAAAACAGCAGUAUUAGAUGCUUUUCAUCGCGAAGACAUAUCAGAAAAUCUUGGAGGAACCUUUGAAGAACACAUAAAAAUAAUGGUUGGGUUUUUUGAUGAUAUCAUUGAGAAUAUGCAAAAUGAAGAAAGCGUAUCAAAACGAAUAAAAGAAAUCGGUCAGAUUCAUGUAUUACUUACUCACAGUUUGUUCAGUGCAGAUAUCUGGGAGAAAUUAGGUGAAAUCACUAUGCAAUAUUUUAGCAGCCAAGAUGCUGUACAGAAAACAAGAGAAGCUGGAAAAGCAUGGCGUACACUAAUUGCUUGGAUUACGGAUGAUUUACGAUGUGGUUUUGAGAACAAAGCUCGAAUUUAUCAUAGUCUCAUUAAAGAUUAA